AACAUAGAAUAGUUCUAUAUUUAGUAACAGCAGUCUCUACUUUAUAUGUGAAAUUCUGUGAACCCGACCAGAAUUAUUUUCUGAUUUACCACGUGCAAACCCCGUUGAACUUCCUUUUCUAAUCGGAUCACAAACCAAAUCAACAUGCCCUUAGCUAAAGAUUUACUUCAUCCUAGUGCAGAGGAAGAGAAGAGGAAAUGCAAGUUGAAGAGAUUGGUCCAGAGCCCAAACAGCUACUUCAUGGACGUUAAGUGUCCAGGCUGUUACAAAAUAACCACAGUUUUCAGUCAUGCACAGACAGUGGUUUUGUGUGUCGGCUGUAGUACAGUCUUAUGUCAGCCUACUGGAGGAAAGGCCAGGCUUACAGAAGGCUGUUCAUUCAGACGAAAGCAACACUAAACAGACAAUGAAGAAAGAAAAAAAAAGCGUGUAGAGGAUUGAUUACAAUGGUUAUAUUGUGAUAGACUGUGCUACAGUUUUCAUUGUGUUAGACUGGUUCUCUUUUUGUCAUCCUGAUAGACUGUGUUACAGAUUUCAUUGUGACAGACUGGUUUCAGUCAAAAAUAUUUUUCUUUUCUUAAUAUCAUUAUUUAAAAUACCAUUAAAUCAGUCAUCUACAUGAUAA